CCAUUUUUGGAGCAUGGUUGAACAACCACGAUCUCACCUUUAAAAAAAAAAAACGACAAGAAACAGUCAUAUAUCACUCCAAACCACUAUAUUUUACCUUUCUGUUUUUUGAGAUUCUGGUUACCCUUAAAGUGUUCCGGCUCAUCGGUUUCUUUUGAGCGUGGAUCCUGGACCUAAAAGCUCUAGUUCACUGCACUCGAAAAAGGAUGGAUUUCGUCCCCCAGAUCCCCAAGAUUAAGAUGGUCAGUGGCGUCCCAAGCAAGCUGAGGAUAUGGUGGGAAGAUUUGGACCUUGGUAGUAGACUGGCUGUUACGAGGAGAUUGAGGUUCCUCACUUCACUGUUCCAGAUCACUCCCGACAAACAUGUGAUUAGAGCUUUACUUCAAUUUUGGGAUCCAAAUCGAGUUGUCUUCAAAUUUAAGGAUUUUGAACUCACACCCACAUUGGAAGAAAUCAGUUAUUUCACUAAUUUGAAAUACCAAGGGAGAGGUCAGAUUAUCCCACACAGUCAAUCAGGGAAAAAAUUUCUCCGCUACUUAGGGUUGAAGAACACUAAAGAACUCCGAUGCUUCGAGAAUAACUGGGUCUCUUUGGAUUACUUGUAUGAGAGGUACGGUCGUCAAGAUGGUCACAAGCUGUUCAAGAAGGAAUUCUCAUGCACUCCCGCCCAUUGGCAAGUUAGACGUCCCAUUGUAUUUGUUGUUGCCUUACUUGGGACUUUGGUAUUCCCACGUGAAUAUGGGAAGAUCAGUACUUGCAUAUGUUCCGUGGCUCGAGCACUUUUUGAAGGAGUUGAUGGCGCGCAACUCACUUUGGUUCCCAUGAUUUUAGCAGAAAUACUUCGAGCUUUGGGAAAGUGUAAACGAGGUGAAACAAAUUUCUUUGAGGGUUGUAAUCUUCUCCUACAAAUGUGGGCAAUGGAGCAUUUUUACCAACGUCCGAAUAUGGCAGACAUAUGCUUCAGUGAAUCAAACAAAAUUGGUAGUUUUUAUGAAAGAACGAAACUGUUUGUAUCUCCAGUUGGCACUAAUGAUUGGUAUGAGUUCUUGGCUUCCCGAACUGGUGAUCAAAUCCAAUGGAAAUACCCUUUGCUAUCACGUACCACGGCCUACAUAAGAGGUAGGAGACUUUACUAUAUUGAGCUUAUUGGGUUGAAAGGCCUCCAGCCAUACGCUCCAGUACGCGUACUCCGACAGUUCGGUCUAGAUCAAGUAAUCCCUCUCCAAGCUAACAUGAGUGGUUCUGAAAUCCUUUUUGGGCCAGACUUCAGAGUUCCUAGAGCUGGCCAGAUUCUCGAUGAAUGGGAUAAUAUUAAUCCAAUAAGUAUUGGGGUUGGACCGGCAGGAGGUAUCCCAGAAUAUCAUGCGUGGCUUCAAGAAGACUAUGGUAACAUAGAUCCUAGCCCAAACAGUGAACCAGCUUCGAGGAUAUUGGGAAGACAAUUUGGAUAAGACAUUCUCGCUUGGGGACCAUGGUUGUCACUCCCGAGAUGUGGGCUCAAAUGGCAAAUAUAAUGCAGUAUUUGGGGAAUGUGGGAGCAGGGCCUAGCAAUGACGGGUCAUCAUCUUCAUUUCCGCCGCCAGCGUGAUCAAGUGCAAAAGAUCUAGGCCAAGUCUUAGGAUUGUCUUUACAUUAUGUCAUCUUUUAUGUAUUUUAGUUUAUUGUCUCAUCAAUGUACUCGCUUUUGUUAUUUCAAUGAAACUUGGCCUUUUAUUUCCAAACUCAAGUGUCUCAAUUUAAUGGCUUGGAUCACUCUAUCAUAAUCUCGAAUAUUUGGCGUUAGGCCUACCUCUGGCACAAAAGAGGUCCCCUGCAUAAUAGGUUGCGCUAUGAUUGCUAGAUUUCUUUUUUAUUAUGUGAUUUGUUGCUAUGUAAUAUAUGUUUCUUUCAACAUUAUUUGUCAAAUGUUAAUAUUGUUUUAUUAAAGUAGCAAUCAUUCACACUAUACUAACGUAGUUUUCUUCAUUUUUGAAGGUUUUCUUUUAUUUUGAUUAUUUCCCAAAGGUUGAUUCGUGUUGACUGCGAACUGGCGGAUCACCCAUACUUCACAAGAUCAAAAGCACGAGCAUCCAACAACAUGAAUGAUUCAGGUGCAUCUGAACAGACUGGCUUGGGACUUAUCACCGUUCCGAGAGACGAACCUGAGGCUUCGGAGGGAAGGAAUGCUGAUGAACUCAUCGCCCAAUUGAUGCAACAAAUGGCCAACAUGCAAAGUGAAAUUGAGCGACUUCGAAAUCUCACCAACCUGUCCAUUACCCUCAACACUCCUCCUCAUGAACAGAGAACAAGUGCGACAAUCCCACCAUCCUUUUCGCCUGUUGACUCGCCUGCCCCUCAACCCUUUCCCUCAAACCCUCCACUUCACACAAUCAAUCCAAGCGCUACUAAUUCGCCCCCAUCCCACAACAAACUAACCUACAACAAACCAUCUCACAACAAUCUAAUCCACAACAAGCCAUCCCACAACCAACUAACCCACAACAAGCCAUCCCGCAACAAAAUAACCCGCAACAAGCCAACCCACAACAAGUUAACUUUCAACAAGCCAAUCCGUUACCCUUCACCACUCCAUAUAUUCCUCAGCCUUCAGUUAUCCAAACUAUCCCACUCAACCAGACCACCCCACUUACCCAAAGCUACCAAGCAACCCAACACAUACCGUUGGCACACACCGCUAACCAUAACACACAAUAUGUGCCACCGGUAUAUGUAGCGGAAGCUCAACCUUUCACUACCCCAUUGCAAGCCACGCAACAUCCAGAGGCUGAUCCUUAUGAGGAGAUGGAAAGGGAAGCUAGGGCAAAAGCGGACGAGAAUGUUGCAAAGGAGAUUCGUAGUCUGAAGGAAGCAUUUAGAAGCAUCCAAACCCACAAGGGAUGUGAAGGACUUGAAUACGAGGAUCUGUGUAUUCAUCCCGAUAUUGAGUUGCCUGCUGGAUAUAAGGUGCCAAAAUUUGAUAUGUUUGAUGGAAAAGGAAAUCCUCGGGCUCAUUUGAGAUCGUACUGUGAUAAGCUUGUUGGAGUAGGGAAAGAUCAAGCCAUUAGGAUGAAGCUGUUUAUAAGGAGCUUGACAGGAGAAGCACUUGAUUGGUACACAUGCCAAGAUCCGCAGAAAUGGCGUAGUUGGGGAGAGAUGGCGCAAGAAUUCAUGGAUAGGUUCAGGUUUAACACUGAGACUGUCCCAGAUAGAUUCUAUUUGAUGAAGUUAGAAAGGAAGUCAACAGAAACUUUCAGAGAGUAUGCUAUGCGGUGGAGAGCAGAAGUUGCAAAGGUCCAACCCUCGAUGGCGGAAAGUGAGAUGACGACGCUCUUUGUACAAUCUCUAAAAGAUGCAACAUACUAUUAAAGGUUGAUAAGUGUCAUCGGGCAAAAGUUUUUUGAAGUUAUUAGGAUGGGAGAUUUCAUAGAAGAAGGUAUCAAGACGGGAAGAAUCACAAAUUUGGCAGCCUUGCAAGCAACAAGUAAGGCAAUUCAAUCAGAUUCAAUUGGGGGAGCAGCUAAGAAGAAGAAGGACGGAGUGUCCGCGGUCAUGACCAUCCAGGAACGUAGACCAAACCAGAUGUUAACCUACCAAUACCCUUCAUCCCAGCCUUCAUAUUACAGCCAAUACGCCCAAGUCCCUCAGCCUUAUUACCAACCUCCACCCGCUCCCUAUCCUGUUUACCACACCCAGCCAACAUAUUGUCCACCUCGAGCACCUGCCUAUCAAAGCCCAUCACAAUACCAACCAACCUACCCGCCUCAACCCCAAUACCAACCACAAAACCAUCCACAAAAUACACCCAGACCUCGCCCAAACUUUGAAAGAAAACCAACCAAAACUUAUACACCAUUAGCCGAACCCUUAGCCCAAUUAUAUGAAAGGUUGAGAACCGCAGGGAUACUCCAACCGAUUCAAGGAAGAGUUCCUAACCCCCUUCCUGGAUGGUAUGAUGGGACUAAACAUUGUGCGUAUCACUCAGGAGUUGCCGGACAUGAUACUGAAAAUUGCCUUACUCUCAAAGACAAAAUCGAGGCGUUGAUCAAAGAAGGAGUCAUCCAGCUCAAAGGAGCUCCCCCAAAUAUAAACAACAACCCUCUACCCAAUCAUGGUGAUGCAAAUGUGAACAUGAUCACCAUUGAUGAAGACUAUAACUUGGAAGGGACUAUUGUACCGGUCAAAAAAGAGAAAAAGGUUGAAUCAUCACCCUUUAUUGCUCCCGUAAUCACAGUCCAAAUGAGGGCACCAAUUGAAGUGGAAGUGCUCACUCCAAGGCCUAGGAUCACAGCCUUAGUUGCUCAGGCACCUUCUUUCAACACCAAAGCAGUUCCUUGGAAUUACUCGUCUGAUGAAAGGAACAAAGGAAAGGCAAAAUUGGUUGUAGAAACUGUUGCUGCCGGAAUAACAAGAUCUGGGCGGUGUUAUGCCCCCGAAGAGGUAGCACGAGGAGCACCGAGUAAGGAAAACAACCAAAAGAAAGCUGUGACAGAAGCUGAAGUAGAAGAAUUUUGGAGGAAGAUGCCAACUAAGGAAUAUUUUGUUGUAGAACAACUAAAGAAAACACCAGCCCAAAUUUCUUUAUUGUCAUUGUUGAUGAAUUCUGAAACUCAUAGGAGCGCUUUAGUGAAGGUACUAAAUGAAGCUUAUGUUCCAGCCGAGACCUCUAGCGAGAAAUUUUCAGCCAUGGUUGGAGAAGUCCUCGAAGCCCACAAAGUCUCUUUUCAUGACGAUGAGUUGCCACCUGAAGGUUUGGGGCACAACAAGGCAUUGAAUAUUACAGUCAAAUGCAGAGAUAAAUUCAUUUCUAAAGUGUUGAUUGAUGGGGGUUCAGCUGUUAACAUAUGUCCUGUCAUUACUCUCCGAGCUUUAGGAAUUGAUAUCGGGAAACUUCGUGAUAGUCACGUGAGGGUUAAAGGUUUUGAUGGAGCUCAAAGGGGUGUCGUAGGGGAAAUUGACUUAGCACUGGAAAUUGGACCCGUGGAGUUUAUGGUGGAAUUCCAAGUGAUGGAUAUAUCUGCUAGUUACAACUUGCUGAUAGGAAGGCCAUGGAUCCACAUGGCUGGUGUAGUCCCUUCUACCCUGCACCAAAAUUUGAAAUUUGUCUGGAAUCAUCAGGAAAUUGUGAUCCAUGGAGAAGGCAACAAUUCGAUCUAUCCCGAAAACUCAAUUCCUGUUAUUGAAAGUGUAGAAAGGCUAGAUGGAUUUGUUUUCCAUAUUAAGGAAACCAUGUGUACUACUCAAGCUGAAAGGGUAAAAUUGCCACGUGUGCUUAUGAUGGUGGCUUGGGAAAUGUUGAAGAAUGGUUUUAAGCCCGGUCGAGGUCUCGGAGUGAACUUGGAUGGAAUAGUAGAACCAAUUCAAUUACCCGGUCAGAAGGAUACUUUUGGUCUUGGAUACGAGCCCACUCUUGAAGAAAUCUCAUUGGCUAGUCUCAAAAGGAAAGGUGAUAUUCCCUUGCCAAAGCCUAUCCCUCUCCCUGAAUCAGUCAUUUUUCAAGGCGUCUCCGUCACCCAAGUAUCGAGGAAGCCGCCGAAGACAACCUCGUGGAAGGUCUCAAGAAUCUAUUCAUUGCCGAGGAAGAAGUUGAAUGCAAUGUGA